UAUCAUGCUCUAGGAUCACUUGCAGAGAGCUACUGUAUUUGGACCGGAUUAAAAAGAAAAGAGAAGUUAAACUACCCUGAGAAGCCACAUCUGAAGCAUCAACAGGAUAUUUGGAGUAUCGGAGUAACCCAAGCAACAUCCCGGGAGCUCCAGUUUAUUACAAGUUUGAAAUGUCUGGGGUGAACAUGAACACAACCACUGGAACCUACAAGUCAAUCCCAACAGCCAAUUUAUUAUCUACGGUGGCCUUACUUGUGACCAUGCUGUUUGGACUGGUCUUGAACACUCUUUACCUCUGGGUCCUCAGAUUCAGGAUGCGCAAAUGUGUCAACACCACUUGGUUUUUUCAUUUAAUUUUAGCCAAUGUUGUUUUUACAUUCAUAAUACCAUUCCUUGCAGCCUAUACGGUAACUCACCCACACUGGAUAUUAGGAUCCUUCCUGUGUAAAUUCAUUAAUUCACUGCUUUCUGUGUGUAUGUAUGCUUUUGUAUUCUUUCUCACGGUUAUCAGCCUUGAUCGUUACAGUUUAGUCUUCCACCCAGUCUGGUACAGAGCACACAUGAAUAAUCGCUGUGCAUCCGCCAUCUGCAUUUCUAUUUGGGGGUUGGCCAUUUUGUUUAGCUCCCCAUAUUUCGCAUUCCGCCAGACACGCCUGCUGGAGGACAAUACAACUACUGUUUGCGACAAUGAUUAUACACUUUCUGGGUCAAUUUGGCAAAACUCAGAAUUGCACCUGAGAUGGAUCAUGUUCAGCUUUCAUCUAAUAUUGGGAUUCCUACUGCCAUUUGCUGUAAUCACCGUUUGCUAUGUCAGAAUUGCUCUCAGGAUGAAGAAGGGAAACCUGGUCAGAUCAACUAAACCUUACAAAAUUUUAUUUAUAACUGUGACAUCUUUUUUUGUAGCCUGGUUUCCCUAUCAUUUAUGGUAUGGAAUGAGUAUUGAGGAGGGCAGAUUCCAUAAAUCCACUCUGAAAAUUCUGAUGGUCCUUACAGUAUCAUUGAUCUGUUUCAAUUGUUGCUUCACUCCAGUACUUUACCUCUUUAUUGCGGAGAACUUCAAGAAAUCAUUACGGAAGUCUAUACUGUUGCUCAUUGAGUCGGUAUUUAAUGAAACAUUCAACUCAUUGAACAGAAGUUUUGAAGACAAAUCAGAUGUUCCUUCCAGCUCUCCUGAAGAUGAGAGACAUCAGGGAGGAGCAACACGUGUUCACAUCACCUUAUUGACAUAAAACUUUGCAAGAUGAGCAAACAAGCAUUACUUUCAAACCAAUAUACUAGCUUCUAUAGUCUUGGAGUGACAUGGAACUGCAUCAUUCAAUAAUCAGAUUGCAAACACUGCAGCAAAUCAUGUCUGUGUCAUCAGCUACAAAUGUUGUCUUUGUGUUUGACUAAAGUAUUGUUGUACUAGUAUAAAAUCAAUGUAUCUACAUCAGUACAUACUCUAUAUCGGCCAUAGGUUGCCACAUUUGAAGGCUUUCCCAUCUCAGUAUCUUAAAUGUAGUGGGGAUGGGGUUGAGUAGCCAAAAGUUUCGUUGGAGAGAGAUUUGGGGCCUUAUUUAUCAAAAUCCAAAUUUUUUGCACUAUUUUAAUUAAAAAAGUCAGACAGGAGCUUAUUUGUUAUUAAAAAAGCACAAUUGAAUCGGAUGAGGGGUCAAACCCGAAAAAAAAUCAAGCAAAAAUCCCAUUUAUACACUAUUUUCUGA